AAUGCUGGUGUCUGCAACGCUCUCUUUCGGAUUUGGGGACUGAUAUUAUCACCUGGGAAAGAUCACCAUGUCUGCUAUUGCCUAUGUGCUGGGUCUGAUUGGUCAGUGAUGUCCAAUGACACUGACGCAAGCUACACAACAGAUACCUGGUUGUUGUUAUGGGCAAGUCUGAAAGCCAAAUGGAUAUAGUUGAAAGGAACCCACCAAAAUCGAAGAAGUCGUGUAAAUCCUGGACCUCUUUGGAGAUUGGAUUGACCACCAUUGUGGUUUUACUACUCGUUGUAGUCGUCGCUUUGAUCGCUUUGUAUGCAACACGCAAGGAUAAAACAUGUACAGCACCAUCGUGUGUAGCAGCAGCUGCACGUAUCAUUGGGAACAUGGACCAAGCUGCAGACCCUUGCAACAAUUUUUAUCAGUAUGCCUGUGGAGGAUGGUUGAAGAAGCACAUCAUCCCUGAGACCAGCUCCCGCUACAGUACCUUUGACAUUCUGAGGGACGAAUUGGAAGUCAUCUUGAAAGACGUCCUCGAGAAGCCAGAUAAUGGAGAUCCUGAGGCAAUUCAGAAAGCAAAGACACUGUACAAGUCCUGUACGAAUCAAACUGCAAUUGAAAGCAAGGGUGGAGCACCAUUAAUUAACAUGCUGACUGGUAUGUUUGAGUGGCCGGUUGCAACAGACAAUUGGGACCAGGAACACGGUGAAAAUUGGACACUUGAGGCCAUCAUUGGAAAGAUGACCAGCCAAUUUGGAAAACGUGUGAUCAUAGACUUUUUUGUUGGGACAGAUGACAAAAACUCCAAUGUUCACAUAAUCCAUAUUGACCAGUCCAACCUUGGCUUGCCAUCCUGUGAUUACUAUGAAUGCACUGGUGCUUAUAAGGAGGCAUGUGAAGCUUACUUCCAGUUCAUGAUAAAUGUGGCUACUUUGGUUCGUAAGGACAAAGGUUUAAACAUAACUGAUUCCAAAAUCAAGGAUGAAAUGAAUAGGGUCAUGCAGCUGGAGAAAGAUAUAGCCAACGUAACGACAAAAGCUGAAGACAGAACUGAUCCUAAUCAACUCUACAACAAAAUGACUUUGUCCAGCUUGACCAACAACUUCCCUCUAAUAAUUAGUAACAAGACUUUCAGCUGGAAGAACUUCAUCAAUCAAAUUCUCUCUACUGUAUCUCUGAAUGUGAUGGACUCUGAACCAAUUGUUGUUUAUGCACCGAAUUAUCUUCAGAAACUAGCAGCUGUUCUCUCUAAAUAUGAGCCAAGAGAUAUUCAAAACUACAUUAUGUGGAGGCAAGUGAUGGAUCUUGUGGGUAGUCUGAGCUCUUCCUACAAGGAGACAAGGAAAGCAUUUCGUAAGGCACUUUAUGGCACAACAUCAGAGAAUGCAGUUUGGAGAAAGUGUGCAAAUUAUGUCAACAACAACAUGGAUAAAGCUGUUGGACGACUAUACGUGGAUGAUGCUUUUGCUGGGGAGAGCAAAAAAAAAGUUGAAGAACUAAUUGAGCAGAUCCGUGAAGUUUUCAUACAGAAUUUACAUGAGCUCAGCUGGAUGGACAAGGAAACCAAAAAGAAAGCGGAAGAGAAAGCUAGGGCUAUCAGACAGAGAAUUGGAUACCCACCCGACAUCAAGGAUAAUGCCAAACUGGAUGCUGAGUACAAAAGGUUGCAUUUCAGUAUCGAUGAAUAUUUCAAGAAUAUUCUUCAAAAUAUGGAAUCGAGACAAAAGAAGAAUCUGAAAAAGCUAAGAGAAAAGGUUAACAAAGAAGUGUGGAUAUCAGGAGCUGCUGUAGUAAAUGCCUUUUAUUCAUCAAGCAGAAACCAAAUAGUUUUCCCAGCUGGUAUUCUUCAACCACCUUUCUUUGGAAAAGGGCAGCCAAGUGCGUUGAACUUUGGUGCUAUCGGCAUGGUUAUUGGCCAUGAAAUCACUCAUGGAUUCGAUGACAAUGGUCGUAACUUUGACAAAGAAGGAAACCUCAUGGACUGGUGGACUAAACAAUCGGCCAGGAAUUUCAAAGACCUUUCACAAUGCGUGGUGUACGAGUACGGGAACUUUUCAUGGGAUCUGGCAGGUGGACAGCAUCUGAGUGGUAUUAAUACACUAGGGGAGAAUAUUGCAGACAAUGGAGGCAUCAGACAAGCCUACAAGGCUUAUCAAUUACAUGUGAAGAAAAAUGGGAAGGAUGGACUGCUCCCUGGCAUCGACCUGAACCACAAUCAGCUCUUCUUCCUGAACUUUGCACAGGUGUGGUGUGGAAUAUACAGACCAGAGUAUGCUGUGAACUCUAUUAAGACUGAUGUGCACAGUCCAGGCAAAUUCAGAGUUUUAGGAUCUCUCCAGAAUUUUGAAGAGUUCAGUAAUGCUUUUCACUGCACAAAGAAUGAAUACAUGAAUCCUGAAAAGAAAUGCCGGGUUUGGUAGCCAAACUCUUCUUGCUGUAUUUAAAACUACCCGGAAUGUCUCCUUCCAGGAUUUGUAAGUGGAUGAAACGUUGAGCUGGAAUGAAUCACUUUGUACUUAGUAAUAAGGAUAGAUCAAUGCCCAUUUUUGCCAAUACCUCAUGUCAAUCAAAUUACCCUAACUGCUAAUAACUGACAAAUCACUUGGAAAAAAACUGGAUUGGUAAGUAUCACGACUGCAUCGCAAGCCUUGGUGACCUUAACGUUGUGGCUUCAGUUGUUCGCAACCCCAACGGAAAAAUGAAGAAUUGAUUAAGUUCAAAAGCUAAAUACUGCCGAUGCUGGAAAUCUGAAAUAAAAUCAGAAAAUGCUGGAAAUAUUCAGCAGCUCUGGCAGCAUCUGUGUGGGGAGAACCAGAGUUAACAUUUCAGAUUGAUGACCUAUCGUCAGAGCAUUGCUUACGUUCGUUGGCUGUUUGCAUCUAACGUAACUAAAAUCACAGACUUUAAAGGAGUUUUAAGGAAGGUGACGAGAAUGCCUUGAUACCAUCUGUGUUUUAACCGCUUAUAGAUUGUAAACGUUAACCAGAUACUUGGUAAAUGAGUGGAGACAAAUGCAAAAUUAACAAACCUAAGUUGAUUAGAAAUACCCCCCCUCCCCAACCCCCGCCCUGUAUUCCCCACAGGAUGAAAGAGCAAUCCCUGUAUCAAAUCUUUUUUUAAAAAGAGAGAAUAAAAACUACAUUAAAAUGAA